UCCAGAUGGUUCACUGCCCAGGAAACAAAAGGCAGAGCACGAAAGGUUGAGCUGAGGGAAGAGGCACAGGAAAGCUGCGCCGUGCAAGAUACAAGUGCUAUAUGGAUAUCUGAACCGGUGGCCUGUCACUGUGUCUGGAUCUAACCCUCUGCGGCCACACUGGGGAGCGGAGCUGAUUAAACUCCAUUGCUUUGGUGCUGCGUUCUCUGGAGUUAGUGGGACAAUGCCAAGGUACUGAUUCUCUGGCCUGCAGCGAGGAGGACAAGUGUCAAAAAAGCACGGCAAGCUCAUCACCUUCCUGCGUACCUUCAUGAAGUCUCGCCCAACAAAGCAGAAACUGAAACAGCGCGGGAUCCUGAAGGAGAGAGUGUUUGGCUGUGACCUGGGAGAGCAUCUCCUCAACUCGGGCCAUGAUGUCCCCCAGGUCCUCAAAAGCUGUACUGAAUUCAUUGAGAAACAUGGCAUUGUGGAUGGAAUUUAUCGUCUCUCUGGGAUUGCAUCCAACAUCCAGAAACUACGCCACGAGUUUGACUCUGAGCAGAUCCCCGACUUGACUAAAGAUAUUUACAUCCAAGAUAUCCAUUGCGUGGGCUCCCUCUGUAAGCUCUACUUCCGGGAGCUCCCGAAUCCCCUGCUCACGUAUCAGCUCUAUGAGAAGUUCUCAGAUGCUGUUUCUGCUGCUACAGAUGAAGAACGAUUGGUUAAAAUUCACGAUGUCAUCCAGCAACUGCCUCCACCUCACUACAGGACACUGGAGUUCCUAAUGAGGCACUUGGCUCGUCUAGCUGAUUAUUGUUCCAUCACAAAUAUGCACACCAAGAACUUAGCAAUUGUCUGGGCACCAAACCUCCUAAGGUCAAAGCAGAUCGAGUCUGCCUGUUUCAGUGGAACAGCUGCCUUCAUGGAGGUGCGAAUCCAGUCGGUGGUUGUGGAGUUCAUCCUGAAUCACGUAGAUGUCCUCUUCAGUUCCAAACUCAGCUCAGUCAUACGAGAUGGGGCAGGUCACAGCUCCUUAUCGCGGCCCAAAUCGCUGCUGGUGUCAUCUCCCUCCACCAAGCUGCUCACGCUGGAGGAGGCCCAAGCACGGACACAAGCCCAGAUCAACUCCCCUAUUGUGGCAGACAGCAAAUACAUCGAAGUAGGAGAAGGCCCCGCAGCUCUGCAGGGGAAAUUCCACACGGUCAUAGACUUCCCAGCUGAAAGAAAAAGACCACCCAACAAGAUGAAGAAGUCCCCAGUGGGUAGCUGGCGCUCCUUCUUCAACCUGGGCAAAUCGUCUUCUGUGUCCAAGCGCAAGCUGCAGCGCAACCCAAGUGAGCCCUCCGAGAUGAAAGCCAUCGCUCUGGCUGGUGGAAGAGGAGAUAGCGGAACGCUCCGCUCAGCUAAAAGUGAGGAGUCUCUCACUUCUCUGCAUGCUGUUGAUGGUGAAUCCAAGCUGUUCCGGCCCAGAAGACCCCGAUCCAGCAGUGAUGCAUUGUCUGCUUCCUUUAACGGGGAACUCCUGGGAAACAUGAACCGCUGCAAUUCCUAUGAUAAUUUGCCCCAUGAUGAGAGUGAUGGGGAUGAGGGACUGAUUCAUGUUCCUGCCCUCAUCUCUCCUCGAUCUGCUGAAGAUGUUGACCUGAGCCCACCAGAGAUUGGAGUAGCCAGCCUGGAUUUUGACCCCAUGUCUUUUCAGUGUAGCCCACCCCAGGCAGAGUCUGAGUGCCUGGAUAGCAGUACUUCCAUGCUGGAGUCAGUGGGCAUCAGCAAGGACAAGCCAAGCGCAGGGAAGAGGGAUUUGGAGUCUGGCAGUCAAUCUCAGACCCCUGGCAGUGCCACAAGCUCUGAACCAGUCUCCCCACUCCAAGAGAAGAUGAGCCCCUUCUUCACGCUGGACAUGAGCCCAACCGAGGAGAAGGCCUGUAAGCCUCUCUCAUUCUCUGAGAAAGUUGUCCAUGCCUUCUCACCUAAACUGGGGCGAAAGCCACUCAAGUCUCCACCGCUGACUAUAUCGGAGCCAGUGUCAUUUACACUGCCCAACCGGGUGUCAGAAGUGAUUGGAGGGGUGCCCCACACAGCAGGGAACACCACUUCUCCAAACUGGAGCAAGGGGAUCAGCAUCAAUGAAGCCACCAACAGGUCUCCAACCCAGAUAUCCUUGCCACUGAAAGCCUGCGAGAUGGGAGCAAAUGAAGGAUGCCAUCCAGAGGUCCGCACCCAAGUGGCUGCCGGUAAACCGGAGUUGCCAGAUGAAGGGGCAAAACCAAUGCCAGUCAGUCAGAAUAAGACUGCACCCUCAGGACACACUCAGCCAGGAGCAGUUGCCCUCGACUCCCCUCAGGAUCCUGUUCCUGUCAGUUCUGUGUCUCUGAUCCCUCCUCCUCCUCCAAAAAAUGCAGCGCGUAUGCUAGCCCUAGCAUUAGCUGAGUCUGCACAGCAGGCUUCUGCUCAAUCCCAGAAGAAGCCAGGGGAGGCUCAUUCUGACUGUGCAAAUUACGGAGAGACUGAAACUGGUACAGCUCUAGAAAAGCUCCACCUCUGUGCUGGUGCUGCCCCCGACAAGCUGCAUCUUUACGCUGGUGUGGCUGAGAACAGGCUCCACUUCCAGACUGGUGCAUCCGGAGAUCGCUUCCAGAACGGGGCACCGGUAGACAAGGAUCUCCACAGUAGUGGCACACCUGGGGAUCACAACCAUUUGCAUUUAGGCACAUCUGGAAACCAAGACCAGCACUCGCACCUCCAUACCAGCAUGCCUGGGGAUGCACCUAGUGGCAAAGACACAGAGCGGGACCACUCCACCUUCCAUACUGUAAUGGGGGACAAGGAUCACUUCCCCUCCCAGCUCAGGGAUCGGGACCAGGUUCACCCCCAUUUAGGUAUACUACUUGACCAGGAACCAUCUGCAACAGAUGUGCCUACAGACAAGUCCCAUCUACGUACCUGCAUACCUAUGGACAAAACCCACAUCCCGAGCUGCAUAGCUGAAGACAGAUUUCAGCUUUCUUCUGUAACUGGAGAGAAUAUCACCAUGGCUACAAUGACAUAUGUUACAACUAUCCAGACCCCAGCAACCACAGCAGGUCAUGGAACAGCUGGUCAACUUGCUGGUGUUGAACCCACCACGCAGGCAGACAUCAUUGUUACCACGACUCAGCGCACUCUAACAACCAGCCAAGCAGUUUUAUCUCAGAGGCCAGGAGACCACCAGCCGGCAAUGGGACAAGUUCCAGCAGCAACCACUAAAGGACCAAGUAGUUCCAACCAUGUACGUGGAGCACUAGCUCCAGAAAAGCCGCCUGAGCCUCGAGUAGCUGAGCCUGCUCCCAUUUUCGUCACCGAAAGCAGCUGCACUCCCCGGUGUACCUCGUCCACUCCCGUGUCCUACCAGGGCCACUUAGAAAAGUCCCGGGAGAAUACAAGGGCUCCUGCUUUGCACCUUCGGUCUGAAUCAGUCCCUGGUCACUCCUCCUAUGGCUUCACACCCCCAGUUCCACCCGUGAGAACGCUGGAGAGUAAAAUUGCUGCAGCCAUGCACUCCAACAGCGCUGAUGCUGUCAACAACUCCAACUACCAUUCCUUCCUGGUCUCCUCCAUGCUGCCUUCCUCCGUGGAGGAUGCCUUGCCACCGCCUCCCCCACCCAAGCAUGCCUCUCUGCAGUCUUUGUAUCUCGCCCAUUCCAAGUCAGAGAGUGCCCCCGAGCCCCCCGCCCCCGAGAACUACCUGCACCACAAGCCGGCUUCCAUCCACCAGUACAGACCUGAGAGCGUCCCACCACAUGUCUCGUACCACAGCAAGUCCGACCAGCACCAAGCCUACGCCUCUAGGUCAGAAACCCCUACAUCCAUGGGCCCCCGGUAUAACACCUAUGCCACUCAAGGGAAGAGCACCUCAGCCCUUCACUCCAAGCCUCGGAGCCGGGCUGAAUUCGUGUCCUCCAUGAGCCCUACCACCAUGCGUAGCACCAGCUACACUGAGGAGGCUCCUCCCUACCCCACUAUCAGGAGGGUGCAAUCACUGCACGUCCCUACCCCGUCUGCCUCCACUGCCACUAUCCGCUCCGUGCCCAUUUCACGGACAGAGGUGCCACCUGAUGACGAGGCAGCGUAUUGUCCACGGCCCCUCUAUCAGUACAAGCCAUACCAGCCCCACUCGGAUUAUCAUGUCACUCAGCUGCAGCCAUACUUUGAGAAUGGGCGCGUGCAUUACAGGUAUAGCCCUUAUUCAAGCUCUUCUGGCUCCCCCUACUACACUGCAGCAGACGGGAGCUUCUACGACCUGGACCCUUACAGCACCAUGCGACUCAGGCAGUUCCACCCCCUUCCUAGCCGAGACUUUGCCUCGUACACCUCCAGGCUUCAGAGCAAGACUCUGUACCGUAAUCCCGGCCUGCCUGCCUACCCUCGGGGAGGCCUCAUCGGCCACCUGGCAGGGGAAGAGCACAGCUUUAUUAGCAGAGAUGUGCCCCCUGCCCCAGACAUCAAGCACGUGUACAUGUCGUGGGACUUGGAGGACAUGGAGAAAUACCGCAUGCAGUCCAUUCGCCGCGAGAGCCGCACGCGUCAGAAAGUGAAAGGGCCGGUGAUGUCCCAGUAUGACAACGUGGGCCCACUGCUGCCAGAGGAACUGGGGGGGCUGGACGUCAUCCACCUGCGCAGCAAAUCAGAUCCUGGGAAAACUGGUCUCCUGACUGUGGCUGAAGGGAAAGAAGGGAGGUACCCAGCCAAGGCAGCCACCCCCGAUGGGGAGGAGCGCUACUACGUGCAGCAUGUGGAGCCAGAGCCUGACCGAGCUCACUACCAUGGGGCCUACGGGAACGGGCAGGUGGAGAAGCCUUCCCUUCCUCAGAAGCAGAGCAGCAUUAGGAACAGAAAGUUGCAUGAGACGGGCUGCAGCGCCAACGAGCACAGGACGCACCUGCAGCAGGAAGCAAGCCAUAGGCAGACCUCAGAAUCCAAAAAUGGCCCUCCUUAUCCGGACUACCGGCCAAAGGGUGGGCAGGAGCCCUGCUCUGAGCCCCUGAGCUACCAGCACUCAGGUGGGAAGUACAUCACAUCUAGCCAGGAGACCCUGAGGCUGAACCACAAGGAGAUGAGGGGUGCAGAGGACAGACCAGAUUUGGAAAGGCCUCGAGCCAGGCAGACCGCUCCUGUGGAGAAACACCCCAGAGACUGCUAUAAAGAGGAAGAGCACCAUGCCCCCCCCGUGGCGCCACCCCCCAAGCCAGAGCGGAGCCACAGCCUCCGAAUGCAGCACCCAGAGAGUAUAGAGAGGGACCCUGCCCUCCUCUACCCAUACCAAACCCUUGGCAAACGCCAAAGCACUAUGACAGUGGUGUCCCAGUACGAUAACCUGGAGGAUUACCAUAACAUGCCUCAGCACCAAAGAGGGGGCUAUGUCGGAGGAGGGGGCUUUGCGCCCCCCAGCUUUCCCCAUUCGCACAGUCGGACUUAUGCCACAGCCUUGGGCCAGGGGGCCUUCCUCCCCACAGAUCUAUGUCUGCAGAGGCCCGAGACAGAGGUGCAUGCCGAGUGAGCUGGGGGAAGGAGGGAUAGAGUCUUAGCAGCCUCUGCUGGACAGUGGACUGUUUUAUUUUUUCAGUGACAAAAAAAAAAACCCACAAAAAAACCCAACCCUGCCCCGAUGAGCAAAAGCAAACCCUGCCCCCAGCCCACCACUAACUGUUUUUAUGUAGUAGAGGUACAGCUUUUUCCAUGUAGUUUGAGAGGUUGGCAUGAUCCUGCAGGCUGUUGGCAUGUAAAGAGACAACCCAGUCAUGAGGGCAGACCUGAGGCAUGGUGGGGAAGGGGCCAAGGGUUUUUCCUCCCCUGGUCUGACGUUACUUGGCUGCCAUAGCACUCUCGCUACCCCCGCCAUCAUUUGGUGCGUGAGGUGCUGGUGUAUGCAGCAAUUCUGGUCAAUCUGGAACAAAUGAGGUCAUGUUCCCAGCUGCUGGCCUCAGAGGAGUAGUUUGAAUGAUGCAUGCUGGGGCGGCCUCUGUCCUGACCCCUGUCAGGUGAAGCAGCAAAUCAGUCAUGUGCUAAAAGCUGUGGGGAAAGAGCAGCUUGUUCCCUUGCAGACGAUUCCUGAUGCUCUAGUGGGCUUAAUCCCAGCAUUUGGAAGCAAGCAGGAGUCUCUCCGCUGACUUCAGCAAGUGGGAUCGGUCCCAGAUGAAGGCAAGUGCUAUUGUAGGAUACGGGGGAGGGCAUUUAAAGACUCACUUGACAAGCUGCUUCUGACCACAGAAAGGAUUUCUGCAGGAACUCAAGUAUCCAUGUUAAUCUCCCUAUUGACAAUGGAGACCAGCUUUGGUAGCUGGGGGGGGGCAGGUCUGUGUUUCUAACAUUCAAAGGAAAACCCCACCCCCACCGCCACACCCAGCCCUUGAGAACAACACAUGCAUUUCACGAUUCCUCUUUACUGAUAGACUAAGGUCCAGACCAUUUAAUUCCAAGGGGUGGCUGGCCAUAUAAUGCCAUCCCUUUACAAUGUCACCGUAGGAUUAUGUCCAGCUUGUAAAGUAGAGCACAGGUUACCAGCUGGGAAUGACUAUAUAAGCACCAAGUUAGCUGCAUGACCAGGUAUUUGCUCUGGGCCAAAUCCCACAGUCCCUAGUUCAGGGAAGACUCCCAUUGACUCUGGGAUAUGGCUUUCCAUAUCUAUAGUACUGCAUUACCAAGGGAACCCCUGUGAAGUUGCUGCAAGUACAGAGUAGUUACAUGCUAUCUGUGCACUGUGAAAUAGUAUUGCCUCUGUUGUUGCAAGUGUAGUUCACACCAGUAUUCAGGCCAUCAGUGGGGACUAAAGGGCCAGUACACCUCUAUAAAACACUCCAGCAAUGUUGCCCUGUGUAUUUAAAGAGCUUUCUGUGUUGUAAAAGAAGCAAUGUCUGAUCUGCAGCCGCUUGAAUUCCCAAGACUCAAAAGUCGCUGCAACCCCCCAUCUAAGACACAUGCAUUGUGUUAACCAGGGCUUUCUAGCAGCACCUGAAUUGUAGGAGUUUUAACGUGCUAUGACAGCGGGGCCUUUCCUUGUUCUGCUUGGUCAAAAAUGGCACUGCUUACUUUGGACCUCCAAGGUGUUGUGUCCUUUUUAAGAAAACCCACCCAGAGGUUUUCUUAAAGGUCCCACAGCUGGUGCAUAGCUCACACUGGAUCUUUAGACAAAAGAGCUCAUUGCUAUUUUCGGCUUUUAAGUAGUAAUAAGAACUUACCACAUCUCAGAGGAACACCCCAUGGCUAGUAGCUAACCAGUCAUUAGCCAUUUGCUUCCUUUUAAUCUUGUUGCCUUGUUUGGGCCUGUUUCAUUAAUGGGACCUCGUUAGUCCUAUUUUGUUGUGUGAUGCAUUGUUUUAAAGAUUGUUUUUUCAUACAUAGAGUUGUUCUUAAGUGUUAUGGAAAUAAAUCUGGUGAGGAAACAACAAACACUGUGAUCCAGGUUACCAUGAUCCCAUUAACCCUCCAUAACAGCAUGUGAGCAGAGGGCUGCCUGUGUUCAGCAUUGGGUGAAGACCCCUGAAGCAAUAGGCUCAGGAAGCCUGGACCAAGCCCCCUUCCUUGAAAGGAUGACCAGCUGCUCAAGCCAUUCUUAAACCCUGCACCCCAGCCCCACAAGAAAGCCAUAUAGUGAACUAUGCAGUUCUGCUCUGGACCUGUGGUUAGUGUUGGAUCUUGAUGCCCCUUAGGAAAUGGGUCCCCUUCCCCGUUGAUUAAAGAUCAAGGUACUUGGUGUCUGCCCUGCUAUACCUGGAAAAAUUCCCAGUAUUCAGGGAAAUACUGGGAAUUUCCUGUGCAGGCAGCUGAAGCGGGGAAAUAGUUUAGCUGGCUACCGCUCAUCCCUGUUGUUUUCUAAAAGGUCCCAUCUAGCCCUGGGCUAGGCAGGAACUGGGUAUGGCAUAUGGUAGGGAACACAGGAGAAAACUCUGCUUUCUGUCAGCAAAUGGGACUUGGAGGGAGACCUCUGCUAGGGAAGAACAGUGAGGAAGACAGUGCAUCAACAAGCACCAAUCUGCUCAGCUGUAGGAGCCCUAUUGUCUGACCACAUCUCCAGCAAGGGGACACGAGCAGCUCCAGGACUGACAUAAAACGUCUCCAAUACAUGGGUUAUUUACUGCCUGCAUUUUAGUUCCCACUUGCUGCAUUUUUCAGCUGAAAUUCUCUCUACCUCACAUAAGAGGUAGGGCCCAAUUCUGGGUUUGUACCCCCAACUUUGGAGCAGCAUUUGGCCCAGAAAGCAAUCUUGCCCCAUGGGGAUAGGUGUCAAGAUGGGCCCUGUAGAGUCUCUUUUAGUUUCAACUUUCAUUUUUUUUAAGGAAAAAAAAAAAAGUCUGAUCAGGUUAAAAUGUAUAUGCAUAUAUGACAGGAAAAUACUUUGUGCCUAUGUCUUUGCAGAGGUAAUGGGUUUACGCUUAUCAGUUGGGAGGAGGCCAGUGAGGAUUGCACAGCCGUAGCUAAUUGCUACACAAAACCAAAACCAACUUGAAAAUGUAUUGUUCCCCUUCACCUACGGAAAGGAGAGCCCCUUGUGAGUUCCCUGCCAUCCGUCCCAUCAGUCUCUUGACAAAGCACUGACUGAAGCAGCGUGUUACGUGUCAGAGGAUGCAAAAUUGUGGUUUUAACUUUUCUUGUUUAAACGCACAGACACGCACACAAACACACAAAAAAGUGAUUUUUUUCCAGACCCUUGUGCUACAGAAGUCUGACGCGAAAGGCAUGGCAUAGUUUAAACAUAUGUGCCCAGUAACCCCAUUGUGCGUGAGAAAUCUUGCAUUGUACAGUUUUAGUGCAAAACAAAAGGACAAGAAAGGGUUGUCUUGCAGUUCACUUCCCUGCUAUAGAAAACUUGAUUUUUCUUGCCUGGAGCCGCAUGAGCGAAGCACCCAGAAAGCCUUGGGUUACCUUCAGAGUUCCCUUCACUUUAAUUUAUAUAGUGUCUUAUUUUUGUGUUCAUUUUUUUUUGUGUGUGUGAAUUGGUGUAAAAUGUAUAUGCCGACAAGCUCAUGUAUUUUUAUGUAAAUAUUUUUGUGGUUUCCCACCAACCUUCCCUGUAAAUACUUAGAUUCUCAUUUUCUUCCCACCGUGUACGAUGCGGAUGUGGUUUUGUUUCUGUUUUUUAUUUGUACUGUAAUGCAAUGAUCCAGACUGAGGUGUCUUGUGGUAUUAAACAAAAAGCAACAGUCCCGCUGAGCUCACACUCAGAUGUACAACUCAACCGCAUUAAUCAAGCCAGGGUAAAACCUACUCCUUUGCGUUCACGUUUGUUUGUGCCUCUGCCUUGUUAAUUAACAAUAACCUAGAAGAAGGACACAGGACAUGGAAACGCUAGCUUAGGAGCCACGCAGUCUUGGGGGCCAGAUACCUCAGACGAUGAGAGGGGUGAAGACUGUGCGUGUGCCAAGGCUCCUGUGAACCACUGGCCUUUGGCCCAUCCCAGUGCUUAUCUGUUCAGCUACGCCUGUGGCAUAACUGUUCUGAAAAGAAAACAAAAAUAAAUCAUCCUUGGCUUUCCUAGUCUCCCUUUCUUCUCACCUAGGAUUGCUGCACUAGGAAAAGGCCAGGCAACAGAUCUGACUCCUAAGGGUUGAACUGAAGUCGCUGAUUAAAGCAGGUUGGGGAAGAAGAGGGUGCCCGACCAAGCUUUUUGUUCCAGUGUUGUACAGCACCGAGCACAGUGGAGUCUUGGUCAAAGACGAGCU